AUGUCCUUGCCAUGCCUAUCUUCUUCUCUCUCCAUGCCAUGCUCCCAUCCAAUCCACUUUGAGGUCCCGCAUUGCCCAUCUCCAAGUCUCCAUCCCAUCCCAUCCAACCCACGUCCCAUCCAACCCACGUCCCAUCCCAUCACCCAUCACCCAUCACCCGUCGUCCAUCACCCAUCCCCUAUCCCACUCGUCCGAUUCUGUGGUCCACAGUCCACAGGCCAUAGGCCACAGUCCACAGCUCUCGGACGGCACCGUCGAUGGGGAAGGAGGGGAGCAACAAGAAAAAAGAGCCAAGACCCCGGAGGAUAUAUCAAGAAAGAGCCCCUGUGCCCUGCCGGCUGCGUUUUCCACUUGAAAUCGUCCGUCCCGCCAUUACUGUUGCUGUAUUCGUGCGCCUUGCCCUCACUUCCGUUGGAGAUUGAUGAAGUCCGGGUUUGA